GGGCGGUGGAAAACGGAAGCCCGGUUUGCUGCCAUCUUGCCCUCAGAGUGAGUUUAAACUCCGCAAAACAAAGCUAAAUUUUCUCUUUACAAUGGAUUCAAAAGGGCACAAAAUUGUUGUAUGUGAUAAUGGAACUGGGUUCGUGAAAUGUGGAUUUGCAGGAUCCAACUUUCCAGAACACAUAUUCCCAUCGAUGGUUGGACGACCUAUUAUCCGUUCGACUGCAAAAGUCGGUGACAUAGAAGUGAAGGAUUUGAUGGUCGGGGACGAAGCUAGUCAACUUAGACAUAUGUUAGAAUGUAAUUAUCCUAUGGAUAACGGCAUUGUACGCAGCUGGGAUGAUAUGAAACACGUUUGGGAUUACACAUUUGGGCCCACAAAAUUAAACCUUGAUACCAAGAACUGCAAGGUUUUACUGACUGAACCACCUAUGAAUCCAAUGAAAAAUCGAGAAAAAAUGAUUGAGGUUAUGUUUGAGAACUAUGAGAUGGCUGGUGUUUACAUUGCUAUACAAGCCGUCUUGACAUUAUAUGCGCAAGGCUUGUUGACCGGAGUGGUUAUUGAUUCUGGAGAUGGUGUCACCCAUAUCUGUCCAGUUUACGAAGGUUUCGCUUUACCACAUUUGACACGAAGACUUGACAUAGCUGGACGAGAUAUCACCAAGUAUUUAAUCAAACUUCUAUUGCUAAGAGGAUAUGCAUUCAACCACACAGCUGACUUUGAGACUGUUCGUAUGAUGAAGGAGAAGUUAUGUUAUGUUGGCUACAAUAUUGAACAGGAGCAGAGGCUUGCAACAGAAACAACAGUGCUUGUUGAACAAUACACGCUACCAGAUGGUCGUGUUGUGAAAGUGAGUGGUGAAAGAUUUGAGGCACCAGAAGCUCUAUUCCAACCUCAUCUCAUCAAUGUGGAAGGUGUUGGAAUGGCGGAGUUGUUAUUUAACACAAUCCAAGCGGCCGAUAUUGACACCAGGAUGGAAUUCUACAAGCACAUUGUUCUGUCAGGUGGUUCAACCAUGUAUCCUGGAUUACCAAGUCGAUUGGAAAGAGAGAUUAAGCAACUGUACUUGGAGAGAGUAUUGAAAGGAGAUGGAUCCAAGUUAGCUAAAUUCAAGAUCCGUAUUGAAGAUCCACCUCGUAGAAAGCAUAUGGUCUUCCUUGGUGGUGCUGUGUUGGCAGACAUCAUGAAAGACAAAGAUAACUUCUGGAUAACUAAACAAGAAUACCAAGAAAAGGGGACGAAAUGUCUCGAAAAACUUGGAGUCAGUGUCUAAAAUUAUAAUAAACACAGGACAGUAACGUCAAUAUUGUAAAAUGGAAAAGCUAUUUUUCUCGGGUUUAAUUUACCUGAAUUUUUUUCUACUCAUCAUGAUUUAGGCAAAUAUGCAAGUACUAACCAGACACAAAUUCGUAUUUGAGAUAAAUCAAGUCACAAUAAUUUACUAAAGAGGAUCAUUUAACUAAAUGCAGAACGGUUUUUCUGCAUUUAUCGUGCAUGGAAUGAAUGAACUAAGCGUUGAUUUCGAUGUAUUUAAACGAAGUGAAAAUUUCAUAUUUAGAUUCUGCAGGUUGAAAAUACAAUUCCUUUGUGCAUAUGUGAUGUCAUGGUCACAAAAAAUUUAAAUUGGAGCGAAUUCCAGUUGUUAAAAGCACAGCUAUUUUUUGGGCUUCAGAUUUUGAACAAUAAGUUUCUCAAUGUAUGUAUAUUUGCAGUUUUGAGGCUUGAGAAAAAAGCACUUCGACUUUGGUAUAGAUUUAAGUUGGCAGCGUUGAAGCAACUGUUGAAGGUGUUCCCAGCCUUUUGAAUUGUAGUUGACGAACACUGUAAUGUUAUCACAUUUAAUACGCCUCAUUAUCUAAACUUUUCCUUGCGGUUGUUCAUGAUAAUCUAAUAUGUAAAUUGAAUUUUAUAAAAAAAUUUGAAUAAAUUUCUUGUUUUGUUUUGA